AUGGCCCGCAUAGACAGGCAGGCUGAGAGAUAUCAACCUCUGCCGCUUGCGCCCGACGAUGACAUUGAGGAGACCUAUCCAUGGCUCGGCGGCUAUGAGUCUCUUUGCAUAGCACGUUAUCUGUCUACGCGCGUCCUUCACAAGCUUUCUCUCCUUGAUGGACUUUCUGGGACGACAGAUUUGGCUUCUCGCAUAAACAAGCUCAUUCACUAUGUGGGCGCAUCGAUAAUCCGCAUGGUCACCUACUCGACUGACGAGGAUGGCAUUGGAAUCCGGGUCUGUCUUCAGACAAGCUUAAGACGUCAAGGCGGCAAAAUCAAGGACCUGGAGCCGGCAACUUUCGAUUUCACGAUGGAGCAAUGGAAACAGAUGUCUGCAGGCCCAGAUGACCAGUUGCCUGCUUGGCAAAGCGACAUUGACAGCCUUUUGUUCCGGAAACUCGACAGACACGUCCGUCAUGUAGAGUUCAUGCUCGGACUAUAUGGGUAUGAUAACAAUGAGACCGAUCGCAGCAGCGGCUGGAAGACCCCACGGCAAGUGUCGGUCAAGGACGGCAUACCGCUCAUCGCCAAGACGUUGACCAAGCGUGAGCUGGCCGAGCACAAUAGGGCCCUCUUGCCAGAUGAUCAGAUUGAGCAAUGCCCGAUCUGCUUUGGCUCAUACCAGGACGCGAGUGAGUUGAACAGUACGGUCAUGCUACCCUGCUCGAGCAAGCAUUGCAUCUGCUACGAAUGCUUCCACAACGUCUGCGAGGUCAACGGUCUUUCGGAUACAUUAUGUCCCUAUUGCCGUAAGCAAGUAGCCCCUCCUGGUUUGGCCCCCCGUCUAGGACCAAACUUUAUGGAUAUCGACGCUCCCUUCACGUAUGAUGCAAGAUACACCGAAUUCGAGAACCGAGAGAGGUCCUUUGCAGCGAUUGACCGCGUGCCGCCUUGGAAGCGCGAGGCUUGGAUCGUUGUCGACAAAGACGUCUUUGUGGAGUCGUGGAAUCAGGUCGUACCACAUGGAUUCGAAGACGACAACACCCCAGCCCGCUGCAUCUAUACCAAAGCCCCUGAAACAUGGCACUUCUUCAAGAGCUUCCUAGAUUCAAUCAGAGGCCUCGACGGCAUCAUUUGGGAGGUCGGCGACCUCUACAACGUUCUCCGCGAUCAUGUUCUUGAAGCCUUUGCGGACCAAUAUCUUGCCAACGGUAUGGGCGCUUAUCUUCGGCCCGAGGAUCUGGAGAGACUGCUUGCGGGCGAGGAUGAAGUUCUGUCGGGCGGCUACGCUGAUUACAUCCAGAGGACUCUCCACCGCGUGAUCCAGCUGCCUAUCCAUCGUGCUUGCUACGACCAUCGUGAGCACAUCACGGAGACCAACCCGAUGGGCAUGCACUCUCAUGGAGACCUCGUGUUCUGGUGUCCCAAGGACGGUGCCAUCGACCUCAUGCCCCUUCGUGAACGAUGGCGGCUGAGGCAACUCAAUAUGUGA